AUGAAUCUCAGAUUCUCUCAUACUUUAGAUCCAACUAAGCCCGCUCAGCAAACUCACCUUGGCCUAACAUUUUAUCAGGCAUCAGUGUUUGCAAUCGAGCAGUUUAAGGAUCAUAGGAGAUAAUCUGGUGAAUAUAAGUUUGAUAAAUACUAUCUAUUUAAAACACCAGAUAUUAUCUAGCAGAAUCAUCAUCUUCAAAUGCAACAAAGUUUAGGGAAUAGUGCAAAUUCUCCACCUCUACAGCCUCUCGAUAACUUUAUUCUAUCUUCUUGCGAACACCCAAUCAAGCAUUUCAUGAAUCAAUUAUUCAACACGAAUAAUACAAGAGAUAUUGUUGGAAAUAUCACUUAUACUCUUAAAGAGAUAAUGAGGAUAGUCAAUUCCAACAGGUUCUCUUAUGGCUCUGACAAUAGAAUAUAUGGAAUUUAAACAACAAGGAUUGAGCCGACUCAUGUGAUUCUGUUCACAGCAAAUCCCAAGUUAAAAAAUCUUCAGGAAUUAUUAAAACCAUAAAACUAAAGAUAUCAAUUAUUUGAUGAGACCUUUCAAUGGGACUAAAAACUACAUGUAAUUAAUUACAGGGAAAAGAAGGAUUUAUCUAGUUUGAAAUAGUUAAUAGAGAUUACAGGGGGAACCUAUUAAAAUAUAAAUGAAUUCAAUUAGGUUAAACUCAGGAUGAAAUACUUAGCUGAGAAUUGUCUUUUUUCGAUCUAAUGCAAAUUAAGAUUUUAAAAUGCCUCAAAAUCUCUCUCAACUCACAAUAACUCAUCAAUUGAAUAAGAGUAUAGCUAUAUUAAGCUAUACUUUGAUAUAGGCCAGAAAAUAAAGAAUCAAAAUUUUAAAGGGAAGAUCUAAAUUUCAUCAAGUAAUGAUAUGACCCACAGAAUGAACUUAGAGGAUAUAGAUUAGAGACAAAUAAGCAAGGAUAGAUGGCCUAUACCAAUAUUUUCAUCUUCAUUUAUGACUCAGAAUUCCCAGGGGAUAUACUUUUCUAGUACUUAUCCUGGAUUCAUUAUUGAGGAGAAACCGAUAAAAAUAGAAUUAAGCAAGACUUGCGCAGAAGUACUUCACUUCAAUGAUCCUGCUCGAGUGAUGUAAUUGACUCAUAAGCUAAUUGAUCCUUUUAAAUAUACAGAUAAUGAUAUCCAAAGUAUAGGUUGGCUUAUUUAUUGUGAGGGUGAAACACGGUAAUACCCUUUUGCACUCCUAAAGGCUAUGUAAAAUAUAAGCAAGAGAUAAAUAGAUCAAUUGAAAACAGAGGAUUAUACAAUGAUGAAUGUACCUUACUUUUUUUCAAUUCAUGUAAUGCCACUAAACUAUUAAGAGUUCUGGCCGUUAGUAUCUACAAUUAACGAAUUUAGAGGCCAAUAAUAAGGCUAUGAAAAGACAAAGUGGAAACUGGCAUUUUAAAAAUAUAUAGAAAAGAUUCCCCCAUAUUAUAAUGAUUACUUAAACUCUUACUUAAAAUACUUAAAGGCUGAUGAAUUAUUACUCACACCUACUGACAAGAUUUAUUUCACUAACAAUUAAUACCUUGCAAAUGCAGUAAGAGAUUUGAAAUUUUCAAUUGGACAGCAAGAAGCACAUCAUGAGCAAGCUUUUUAAAAAUAUAAAAGAGAGCAUUAAAUACCCAAACAGAACUAUUCUUGCUGUUAGAAUCUCUAAGUAAAUAAGUAAAAGUCCAUAGAGAAAAAAGCUGAGCAAUAUUUUGGGUAUAAUCUCAUGAAUGAUAGAGAUUUAUUGAUACCUUAGACUCUAUGGCUUUUUUCUCAAGUAUCACUUGAAACCUUUGAUCCCAUUUAUAUUGGGUAAAAUUAGCAGCAGAUACUUCAUAAAAAAUAGCAGGCUUUAAAGAAAUAAGCUAUAUCUCAAUAAUAGUAGUCUAAAUCUCAAGAUCAAGAUAAAAAUCACUAAGUACAAAUUUAUUUCAUGAGUGAUUAUGAGGCAGUUCUAAGAAAGAGAGAAAAAAUUAGAUAUCCUGAUCUAACUGAUGAAUAAAAUAUAGAGUUGCACAAAGUAUAUUUUGGUAAUCCAUUUAAAUGGAAUUUAAACAAAUAAAAUUUGAGCUAGAACGAAAUGACUUAUGAUGAAAGAACUUUUGAAGGAGUAGGAGGAAUUAUUAAUCCUAGUAAGGAUGAUAUCGUUAUAAAAAAUGAGUCUCCACCAACAUAAGGUAAAGUAAUCACUCGUGAUAAUGAAUAAAUGAAAUCGAAGGAAUAAUGUUAUGAUAAUUAAAAAGUUGAAAAAAAAAUGAUCUAGAUCAAUCAAAAUUUGAUAGAUUAAAAAUCUAAAACCAAUAAGUAAGUCAAGUUAAAAUCAUAAUAAGAUAUGGCUGAAAAAGAUUUAGAUUCUUAAAAGAAACAAGAAUAGAGAUAUCUGAAUGAAAAAAAAUUUAAGCCAGACAUUAACAAGGCUGAACUAUUGAUAAGGGACAUAAGAUAAUAGAAUAAUAACGGCUAAAUUCAAAAUAUUAGUACCAAAAUGAUAAAUAUUUAAUUGAAAAGGACCAAAGAAUCUGAUAUACAAUGUACCUAAGGGAUGCAAAUACACCAGUAUUUAUAGGUUAAUCCUUUGAUAAAAGAUAAGCUUAUGGUAUAAUUACUAAAAAUUGUAGAGGAUCCAUACAAUGAAUCAAAUCCCGAGGCUCUAAAAACACUUAUUGCUUAAAUUGAUGAUAAUUUAGAUCGGGAUUGUACUGCUAUAAUUUUAUCUGAGAUAACUUAUUUCUUAUAAGCUUUUGGUUAUAACUAAAUGAUGGAUCAAUUAAACUCAUUCAAAGAUUAGGUUGAUGUCACCAAGAUUCUUCAAGAAUUUGAAUAAAUAAAUAAAACUAGCAAAAAUACUCUCUGA